CGAAAAAGGGAUUUCUAGGAAUCAUUCAACAGCAGUCCUCAUUUCCCAUCAUUGAGCAUAAACAAUGUGGUUUCCUUUUCCUCUGCUCCUAGUUCAUUGUUCCAUUCUCGUAAUCUCGUUCGGUGUCGCGGAGUCCUCCGACACUCUGUCAUUUAACCAAACUCUCAGUGAUGGGCAGACUUUGGUUUCAUCGGGGCAGGUCUUUGAGCUUGGGUUCUUCAGUCCUGGAACUUCCCGGAAUCGUUAUCUUGGGAUGUGGUACAGGAACUUGACCCCAACUUAUGUUUGGGUUGCCAAUCGGAAUGACCCAAUCGUCAACUCCACUGCAGAGUUAGCGCUGACCCAAGACGGAUCACUUUCUCUUCGUAAUGGUUCGACCAGUUACUGGUCUGUGAACACGACAGCCGGAGCUUCGUUGCAGCUCUUGGACGAUGGAAAUCUUGUACUGAAGGAUGAUUCGGGAAACUAUCUGUGGCAGAGUUAUGACAACGUAACUGACACCUUAUUGCCAGGGAUGAAGCUCGGGUGGAGCCUUGAGAAGGGGUUGGUCCGGAACAUGACUUCGUGGGCUUCAUCUACUGACCCAUCUUCGGGCCAAUUCACCUUCAGCCUCGACCCACCUGAGUCCCCUCAGCUGGUCCUCCGGAAAGAUGGUCAGAAGCUGUACCGGUGGGGCCCAUGGAAUGGGGUACGGUUCAGCGGGAGCAACGAGCUCAGGGCCAACCCUGUCUUUGAUCCUAUGUUUAACUCCAGCCCUCUGGAAGUUUACUACUCCUACCAGGUCGUCGAGGACUCUGUCGUGUCCCGGUUCUUACUGACCUGGGAUGGCCUGAUUCAAUACCUCUCGUGGAGGAACAGCAACGAAUGGACCUUAAUGGUAACUCUACAGAGGGAUGAGUGCGAUACCUAUAGGAAAUGCGGUCCCUUCGGAAGUUGCUACAGCGGUGACACGAUCUGCAAGUGCUUGGAGGGAUUCUUGCCGACCUCACCCCAGAAUUGGAAUUCCGUUGAUUGGACGGAUGGUUGCACAAGAAAAUGGGAAUUGGACUGUAGGAAUGGUGACGGAUUCGUAAAAUACAAAGAUCUCAAGUUGCCGGACAAUUCCCGCCUCUCUUCAAAUCGGAGCCUUAGCCUCGAGGAAUGCGAGAUGGAGUGUCUAAAUAAUUGCUCUUGCACAGCAUUCACUAGGAUCGAUAUUCACGGGAACGGGGGUGAUUGUGUGCUUUGGUUCGAGGAAUUGAUUGAUAUGAAGAACUAUCCCGAUGGUGGGGAUGUCCUGUACAUAAGGAUGGCUCGUGCUGAACUAGAUGCAUUAGCUGAUGCUAAGAGGAAAAGGCUUAUCAGGCGGGCUAUCGGCAUAACUCUGUCAGUAGUAUGUGGUUUGCUUACUAUAGGAUUCAUCGUGUGGUUCAUUCUCCGAAAGAUGAGGUUGAAGAAGAGAGCGGCAUUCGAAAGAAUGCUAUGCCAAAUUCCUCCGGAAAGGAACGAGGAAGACCUAGAAUUGCCCCUUUUUGAUCUCGUUACCAUCAACUCUGCUACUAAUGAAUUUUCCUCUGAGAACAAGAUCGGUCAGGGAGGUUUCGGUAAGGUCUACAAGGGUGCAUUGUCUUCCGGGAAAGAAAUAGCAGUUAAGAGGCUUUCUCUGGACUCGGGACAAGGCAUUCAGGAGUUCAAGAAUGAAGUCAUACUGAUCGCAAAACUUCAGCACCGGAACCUUGUGAAGCUCUUGGGAUGCUGCAUUCAAGGAGAAGAGAGAAUGUUGAUCUACGAGUUCAUGCCCAACAAAAGCUUGGACCACCACCUUUUUGACAAGACAAGAAGCAAGCUGCUAUCGUGGGAUAAAAGAUUUAACAUCAUAAUGGGUAUUGCGCGUGGACUUUUGUACCUCCAUCAAGACUCGAGGCUCAGAAUCAUCCAUCGGGAUCUCAAACCGAGCAACAUAUUGCUGGACAGCCAGAUGAACCCAAAGAUAUCGGAUUUUGGCAUUGCAAGGAUAUUUCAAGGUGAACAGACCGGCGAAAUAACAAAAAGAGUAUUCGGAACAUAUGGUUACAUCGCUCCCGAGUAUGCACUGAGAGGGCAUAUAUCAGUAAAAUCAGAUGUCUUCAGCUUCGGGGUACUAGUACUAGAGAUUGUGAGCGGGAAGAAAAUCAUGGGCUUUUCUCAACCCGACAAUGAUCUCAACCUUUUGGGAUAUGCGUGGAAGCUAUGGAAUGAAGGGAACCCACUCGAACUCGUCGAUGAAGCAAUCGGGGAACCUUUUCCUUUGAAAGAAGUGGUGAGAUGCAUACAAGUAGGCCUACUUUGUGCUCAAUUACGAGCCGAAGACAGGCCCAUGAUGUCCACUGUGGUACUUAUGCUAGGAAAUGAGAAUUUUGAGGUUCCCCAGCCGAAGGAACCGGGAUUCAAGAACGAGAGCAUGUUUAUUGGUUCAGACUCAUCGUCAAGCGCCAAUAAUAACCUGCACACUUUCAACGAAAUUACCAUCACAAAUUUAGAUGGAAGAUAACAGAGAUUCUUUAAUUUCCUGCAUGAAAAUAUAUGUAAAGAUAUGAUUGUAAGGUAUAUAGGAGAGGUUUCGUCACAAAUUGUGCAUUUUUUCAUUCAUUAUAGUUGGCUCAUUUUGAAUUUUUUUUUAUUCCAA